UCAACCACGCAACCAUGCUCUCCUUCGUGUCGUCGACCUCCAACGCCUUCGCCGCGCCCGCGCGCGUCAUUCGCCCGACGGCGGCCCCUGCCGCCGCCUCUAUUCGCCUCGCCAACGAGAUGGAGCCCGAGGAGGGCUGGAACGUCGACAACCUCACCGACAUGAUGGACACCGCCUCUAACUCCGUUGCGCCCACCACCUUCAAUGGCGCCACGUUCGCGGCUGCCCUUCCCGGUGCGACUGCUCCGCUCGGCUACUUCGACCCCCUCAACUUCUGCGCCGAGCGCGACGAGGAGACGAUCCGCUUCCUCCGUGAGGUCGAGAUCAAGCACGCGCGCGUCGCGAUGCUCGCCGCGCUGGGCUUCCCCGUGGCCGAGCAGUUCCAUCCGCUGUUCGCGUCAGAUGACGCCCCCUCGUACGUCGCCUUCCAGCAGACGCCGCUCCAGACCUUCUGGCCGGUGGUUGUCGGCGUCAUCGCGGUCGCCGAGGUUUUCUCGGUCUUCACGUUUGAGAACCCGGGCACCAAGCUCUGGGGCAUCCGCAAGGACCACGUCCCGGGCGACCUCGGGUUCGACCCGCUCGGCCUCAAGCCGUCCAACGCCGCUGCCCUCGCCGAGAUGCAGACCAAGGAGCUCAACAACGGGCGGCUCGCGAUGAUUGCCAUCGCCGGAAUGGUCGGGCAGGAGCUCGCCACCGGCAGCAAGCUGUUCUGAGCUCCCAACUCCCCUGGGGGCCUCCACUCACACACACGGACCAUGUAGGUAGCGUGUCUUGUUCCCUCCGCCCGGCCGCACAGAGCGCGCACAGAGGCAUAUUGUUUAUUUUCUGGCUAGCUCCAUGAAGAUGACGUAAAUAACCGCGUAA